UGACUCGGUUGUCACAAGUUUGCCAGGCACAAUAAUAUACUUAUCUAAGCUGAAACAUUGGUUUUAAAGCUAAAAAAAAAUUCAAUUUAUUAUGGAGGCUGUUGAUCGAGUAAAUAAUCAACCAAAUCAUGGCGAUAUAAAUGAAGAAAUGCCAGCGAAUGGAGCUGCCGAGAAUCCUAAUCAAGGUGAGGUGACUUCAAAGGGUGCAGCAGACUUGUUCAACGCAAAAGUCAAUCAGCAACAGCAGCAGAAAAAAAGUGGCAAAGAUGCCAAAGGGAUCCACUUGCGUAUAAGUGUCCGUCGUCGUCGCAGGAAUUCGCAUCUGGAUCCCUAUUUGUGCAAUGAGUGCCACCAGUAUGUGCGUGGUGGUGUGGUCACCAUCUGUGGCCAUCUGUUUUGCUGGACUUGCCUGUGGCCCAAACUAAGUGGCACUCCAAUGCCGAGAUGCCCAUUCUGUCUACGCCAUUUGGUCAUGUACGAGGACAUCGUGCCCUUCCAUGGAGAGGGACCCCAUGCCCAUCAGAAGGACAGCAAUGUGCCGGCCCAGCCGGGCUCAGUGCCUCGUCCAACUGGACUGUACCUCUACGACUCGGAGUUUCCCAGCUGGUUCACGGUCAACGAUUCCAAGGAUGGGACCCCAUCGGGUUUCCGUGAAGCUAGCAAGGAGAGAGAUCUCUUCUGCGUGCUCAGGCUUCUGCCAAUGCUGUACCCUAAGAUCGGAGCUCAGAUUGGUUUUCUCAGAUGGUUCCAGUUGGGAUGCGUGUUGACCAUAUUCCUGGUGUGGUCCGCAAUGUCACUGACCUAAGUAAGAGUGGUUUGUGC